AUGGUUGCUUUGAUUGUUGCCCUUUGGGCAUUGUAUGCAGCCUGCCUAUCCCAAAUAAGCCGGCCGAUGUUUCGCGUCUGGAGCUUCACACUUGCGGCGCUUGGUUUCGUGCUGAGUACACCACAAGCUUUCGUCCGAAUCAGCGACCCAUCGCUCCUUCCCACAGAGGAUGCUGUCCUUCUCACGUCUUUCGUACUUGGAGACGUAAUGAACCACAUAGCCCUGCUGAUGAUCAUUUACUGGGACAUUUGCAGAGAGUCUGUUAUGUUGAUUUUCGCAUUGGAUCCAGCAAAGCAAACGAAGAGCUUGAGGCUGUCCUUCGGCGUCGGCUCAGGAUUCAUGCUCAGCCAGGUCGCGAUCCUGGGUACGUUUCUGCCGCUUAUGGCGUUCUUGGAGAAGACGUCCCGGGGCCUGACGAUUAGCAUCUUCUACGUCGGGCAGGUGAGCUUUGUCUUCGGAUUCGCACCCCCUGUGGCUUUUGGGCUCCUCGCGAGGAGUUUGCAGAAGCUCUGGGCCGAGUUGCCACCCGAUCUUCCAAGAAGACUUGACCACCGUCUGCGUUAUGCCCAAUCGGGCCUCUACCUGCUCUUGCUGGUAUGCCUGGUCUAUGCACCCUGCGGGCUCUUUCCGGCGAUUAUACCCCAGCUGAACGACUUGGGUGGCUUCAUCUAUACAUACAUCGUCAUGCUGGCCGCCGCCGGCGUCGUGGUGCUUUUGCUGGUUGGGGAACUGAUAUUGACACUAAAGCAGUUGCGAAGCAAAGCUCGCCAAACACCGCCUCUUGCUGCGGAGCAGGUGGUGAAGAUUGCGCGGGCUGGUGCAGAGAGUCUUCGAUGUCGGGAGGAUCGCCCACAUGGCGUAUACACUCCUGUCUGGCAGCGGGGGCUUGAGCACUCGAUCAUGCAAGGCUUCCUGGAACUGGCGUCCGAGGGGCUCUCAGAGUCCGCGAUUAAGACCAACGAGGUCUGCCAGCAGCAUGUCAAGCCACUUACAGCUCCUGCGCGCUGCUCCGCCUGGGAGGCGCUGGGUGCAGGACAUGUCGUUGCACUGUGCUGGGGCAUGGGAAAAGCAGUCUUUUUCCUUCUGCCUUCAAAACAACCCCUUUCCUCGACGGCAUUAGCUCCUGCGAGAUACCGCGACAGUUUUGAACGUUUUGAAAGAUGGGAUUCCUUGACCAUGGACGCUCGUCGACACCAUCUCUCUCAGCACCUGAACACACCGACAGUCAUGGUAAGCCACUGUUGGGCGAGCCCUUUUCAGGAUGUCGUGAAGAUCAUGGGGCGCUACGAUGAAAACACGAACAAGAGCAACUUCUUUUUCUUCGAUGUCUUCAGCAUGAAUCAGCACGACCUUUCCGAUCUUUGUGGGCCUGAUCGCAAGGACCAGCCUGGACAAGACAUGUAUGAUGUGAUGCUAGAGGCUCUGACAAACUCGAUCCGCACGCCUCGUCGCGUGUUGCUGGCCUUGACACCUCACCACGAACCACAGCUGCUUUCACGAUCUUGGUGCUUGUACGAAAUUUACAUGGCAUGGAAGCUGAAGGCAGAGGUAUCUUGUGGCUUUGUCCCAGCCGGAGAACAAAUGGUCAUUCAAAGCUUGCAGGAGGGCGAUGUUUUGAUUGAGCAUAUGUUAUCCAGAGUGGAUGCGGAGAAAUCGCAGGCCACUGUGGAAUCCGAUCGUCUCAUGAUCCUGGAGCUUAUCAAGAAGGAUGGCGUGAGCAAGUUCAACCAGUUUGUGAGGCAAAAGUUUGCAGCUUCACUUCGGGUGGUGGCGUUGACAACGGUGCCUGGUACCGCUUCAGCGGACAUGUUGGACUGGGCGCCGGACUUGCCAGAAAGGACUCUUUCUUGUGACACAAGAAGCCACUUCGCUCGACAGAUUUCCUUGGAGACGACGAUCGAUGACAAUGCGAUGGCCUCUGUGCCGGUCGAGGGCAAAGGCCCGACCAGAAACCGAUCAGCCCGUGCUCUUGGGCUGCCGUGCGUCUUUGCAAAAGACGCCGAGCUCGGCCUGCUGGGCACCCUCAUAAAACAGAAGACCAGCCUGUUGAAUGCAACAGCCGCCUCUGUUGCCGGGACGACGGUAGGGACGGAUAUCGAGUUCGCUGGCACAAAAGGACAAGGAGCCAACACGUUCGGACAGUUCGCGGAGUACACCCAACUGCCAGCGGCCUUCGGCGCAGACGCAGCGCCGCGGCUUCAGCUCUCCACCGGACGCAUCGUGGGCGAAUAUGUCGGGGGCACGGAGCACUUCAGCUCCAUCCCCUUUGCUGCGCCGCCCAUUGGAGAGCGCAGGUGGCGAAAGCCCGCUCCGGUACAGCCCUGGGAGGGGGAGCUGGACUGCACCAGCCACCGGCCUGCGGAUGACCGUCGAGGGCGACCCGUGCAGUGGGUGGAUCCGAGGUCGACGGAUCGGCUCCCGACGGAAGACUGCCUGUACCUUGACCUUUGGCUGCCCAAGGGCACGGCAGAGAGAUCUGGAAAGCCGCUGCUUCCAGUUCUAGUUUGGAUCUACGGCGGUGGACUUCUCGGUGGCUCCAAGGAUGACCCCGGCUCCUCAGGCCAGUGCUACGCGGAGCAGGGCAUCAUCUAUCUGAGCAUCAACUACCGCGUGGGGGCCCUUGGCUUCCUUUGCCCCAAGGGUGGCGACGCGAACUGCGGCCUUUGGGACCAGGUCGCUGCUCUCCAGUGGGUACAGAAAGAGAUCCGGGCUAUGGGCGGCGACGCCACGCGGGUGACAAUCAUGGGACAGUCUGCUGGGGGUGACUCGGUCUAUUGGUGCACGGAUGUGUGCUGUCUCCCAGUCCUGGUGGUCUUUGUUCUCUGGCCCAUCGUCGUGGUCAUCGGGCUGAAGGAUGCCGACGGCGCUUACUCGCUUACACACGGUCGUGACCACUACGGCCAGCACUGUGGCCGCGAGCCGUUGGAGGCGAAGCCUUUCGCAGCCUUCCCGGACCUUGAGAACGACUUCAAGAAGGACAAGCUGCUGCAAAGUCGCUACGGUGUCUGUGUGGAGGAGUGCCCCAAGCAGUUUGAGACCAUCCUGGACUACGAGGGUGAUCUGAAGGAGGGCGGCCAGGCUUUGCGAAAGAAGAAAGACUCCCUGCUGUGGUACAUCUCGUUGCCCACCACACCCAUCGCCGGUCGGUGCAUACCCUAUGAUCCGCCACCGGAAUUCACCGGGGCCGUGGAGUUCUGCGCGGAUCCACCAUGCCUUGCGAAAGAUGGGAUGCCCCAGAGCUAUCGGGAAGUUUGCGGUUUGCGCAAGGACAAGACGGAUCGCUUCUGGCUGCUGACCAAGGAGGUGGACGACAUCCUCGAAGACGGCUGGAAGAGGGAGGGUGCGGACGAGCAGGUGGUGGCCGAAAGGAUUCGCUUGGCUGCGCAGGACAAGACGGAGCCUUGCAAAGUGAAAGUCUUCCGGGACACUCGCGUCCAAACUUCGCCAGUGGAUGCCAGCCUCACUUACAGCCUUCUUACGAAGUACACCGGCCAGAUCUUCGUUUGGUGCAAAAGGAUCUAUGAGAAUCGAUGGCUUGUGCUUGGCCUGGGCAUCGGGGGGUCGCUGGUCCUCUCGAUGGCUAUCAUCAUGGGCUUCGCAUGCUGCGUGGGUCUCGUCGUGCAUGUGCUCAUCGCUCUGCUCUUCGCAGUGUUGAUCUGUGCUGACUAUGUCUUGUUCCGCCAGGCGGGCCUCGUCACUGGGCGGACAGGAAAGAUGAUCCUCGAUGCGCUAAAGGAAAUCACGGAAUGGGACAUGCCAGCGGAGUUGGGAUCCUUGAUCCAGGAUUCGACGCAGGACGAGCAGAUGCGUGAGGUGUACAAGUGGUCAGCCGUUGGACUGCUGCUCUGCAUUCUGCUGCUCGCCUGCGCGGCUCUGGCAGCUCGAAAAAACCUCCAAAUCCUCGUGGCGUUGCUGAAGGAGGCCUCCAACACGAUGCGCGAGAUGCCCUCGUUGCUCUUGGCCCCCUUCAUGCUGGCCUUGAGCAUGAUCUUCAUGUCGGUGGUGAUGCUCUGGGUGUCGCUGGCCUUCGCCACAGCCAACGCUUCGGACAUCCCACGGACCACGGAGGCCUGGCACCUUUACGUCCACCCUGCGCUGAAGGCUGCCGGCCUAGCGCAGGCAGAGGAAAUGACGCAGAUGCGACAGACUGCCCUCGUCUUCAACCUCUUCGUGUUCCUUUUCAUCUACCAUUUCCACGUGUCCCUCUGCAUUGCCAUCACAGCCAUGUGCGUCUCUCACUGGUACUUCUACCGGAAUGACCCCGAGCGGAAUGCGGGCACAGGAGUGAACUCGGAAGGAUGGUUCUUCGGCCGCCCUAUCCUUUUGGCCUUCUUGCGCCUUUGUCGACACCACCUCGGCUCGCUGGUCUUCGGCUCCUGUAUCAUGGCCAUCGCUACAAUGCUCCGAGUUAUCUUUGAGUACAUCGCUGCGAAAACGAAAGACCAGGAGUCCAACCCUGUGGUGCGUGCUGCCGUUUGUGCCUGCCGCUGCUGCCUGUGGUGUCUGGAGCGUUGCCUACAGUUCAUCACCGAGUAUGCAUAUGUCUACGUGGCAGUGACUGGCAAGACUUUCUGCUCCUCUGCUCAUGCGUCCUUCGUUUUCUUCGCCAAGUACCCGGUGCAAACUGCGAUGGACAAGAUGGCGUCUGCAGCCCUGGGCUACCUGCUUUGCGUCACUGUCCCUCUGGGCCUGGCCGUGGUCGCCUUCCCAUGGCUGUCGGAGGGGUCCUGGCCACCCUGCGCCAUCGUCAUCAUUUCCCUGGCGUAUGUUACGACUCGCCUGGCAGCUGGAAUCUACGAUGUUUGCAUCACUACUUUGUUCGUCUGCGUGAUGCGCGACUGCGAGCAUUACGAUGGCCGCUACAUGAGCAAGAACCUCCGGAGCGCUUGCGGCUUCGGCGAACUCGCUCGCCAGAGCCUGGCGGCGCGUCAGUCGGCCGUCGAUGGCAUCGAGCUGCAGUGA